CAACCUGUUUAGGGAUCUGCAGUAUACUGAAAUAGUUAUAUGUACAAAUGUCAUAGCAAUUUUACAGUACAGGCCUGCAUCAAAGCAUAUAAAGGUUUUCUAGGUUUGACAAUUGGCAUUAGCUUCAUAAAACUAAAAAUCUAAAUGUGGGGAUAUGACACUGCUAUAUUUGUAGUAUGUUACCCACAAAACGGGAUAUGCACAAUAUUUACCUUAAAGAACAGCCUUACAUGUAAAGGAUUCAAAUUAAGUCUACGGUAGUACAUUUUAGGUUCCUCCUCACGUAUCUCUAACUCCUUGUAGUAGUCGUAUGCAUGCUUAAAUAUAAAAUGUAAAUUGAAAGGGUAGCUUAAUUCAAAAUACUGUUACAUGAUGCUGAAUGCUGUAAUCGCGCGCCUUUUUUCUGCGCCUGUUGUGGUGUGUUAGCCAAUGACAAGAAGGCGUUGGCGCAGUAUAAUUUGCAUGAAGGUGCUAUAUAACCACUGGCUUCUCCCACAGUUGGGUCAGUUGUAUCAAGCGAUAACCAUGCCUGAGCCAGCCAAGUCCGCGCCCAAGAAGGGCUCCAAGAAAGCCGUCACCAAAGCCGCCGGCAAGGGGACCAAGAAGAGGAGGAGCCGCAGGAAGGAGAGCUAUGCCAUCUACGUGUACAAGGUGCUCAAGCAGGUGCACCCUGACACCGGCAUUUCUUCCAAGGCCAUGAGCAUCAUGAACUCCUUCGUCAACGACAUCUUCGAACGGAUCGCUUCUGAAGCAUCUCGUCUGGCUCACUACAACAAACGCUCUACCAUCACAUCCAGGGAGAUCCAGACCGCUGUCCGUCUUCUGCUUCCCGGCGAGCUGGCCAAGCACGCAGUGUCUGAGGGCACCAAGGCUGUCACCAAGUAUACCAGCUCCAAGUAAAUUGCUACUGUAGCAACCCCCCAACGGCUCUUUUAAGAGCCACACAACUCCUCUCAAGAGCAUGCUUACCUAUGAUGUAGAUUCGUAAUAGAAUCACAAACAAAUAUAUCUCAACUGUCAUCAAAAUAUCAUUGGUGUACAAUAUUACAUACAGUGACAAGUUCCAGCCCUGUAUUUAGUGGUGAGAUCAAAUGUGCUCAUUACAGGUUUGUCUUGUACCGGACAAAGUGGCUAAAUUAUCAAUAUAUAAUUACUAUGCCAUUAAAUGCAUCCUGUUGGAACCACUCUUAAUAUAUGAAAAUUGUCUCACAUUUCUCAUAAAUCUCACAUUGAUACAUUUUAUAGAUGACCCAAUGUAAAUGUACUCGCACAUGUGAUGUUUCAACAUUGCUAUUAAAUGUCUAUCUUUAAGAGCAUAUAAAAUGUUAACCAUAUGUAUUUGAUUCGAUGUGUGACUCUUUAGUCACAUUUA